ACUCUUUGGUCUUGUCUAUCUGUCUGUCAAUGUCAGUUUUCUUGGUUGAUUAUUGCGUUAGAAAAUAUACGAUAAAAUUAUUUUACAUUACAAUAUCGUCACGACGUACAUGAAAAAUGCCUGUUCCUGGUGGUAUAUAUCAAAAUCAGGGGCCUUCUUGCUUUGACAAGAUGAAAAUGGGAUUCAUGAUAGGGUUUUGUGUUGGAAUGGCUAGUGGAGGUCUCUUCGGCGGUUUUACUGCACUGAGGUAUGGGGCAAGAGGACGAGAAUUAGUCCAUUCUGUGGGUAAAGUCAUGCUUCAAGGUGGGGGAACAUUUGGAACCUUUAUGGCAAUUGGAACUGGAAUUCGUUGUUAAUUUAUUCAAAUACUUUGUAAAUAGCUUAAGAACUUGUAGCAAUUUAUGUUAUUUAAUUCUAAUAAAAUCUUACAACCUAAGUGUGUUAGGAAAAUAAUUGCUUGGUGUUUCUGAAAAAGUAUUAGAAUUAAACUAAGCAGGCAAAUGGAAUCAUUCAACCCUACUUUUUUCAAACACAUGUGUUUAAAGUAGUUUUUUAAUCUAUACCUGCAGUAGGUAAUGCUGAAUGAUAUCCUAUAACAAGCAUUUAAAAUUGGCAAUGCAUACUAACCUUCUUUUGCUAAACCAACUAUUCCAUCUAAUGGUGCAGUAUUGCCACUUUUUAUGUUACUUCCAAAAGAUAAAUGUUUUAUUAUAUGUGUUGUAUUAAAUGCUGAUGAUGAGAAUGGCUGUACAUCAUGUACGUGAACAUGAUUAAUUGUAAAACUUUUCCCAGGUGCUAUAUGAAAACUUCCUCCAACCUAAAAUUGCAAUUUGGUAUACAAGUAUGUUAAGUUUACUACAUUUAAAUAAACAUGGGGAUUUCGUUGCAGUUUAAUAUUAAAAAAGACAGGCAAAUUUUCUUUCUGUUAGGCAUUAAAUCAUAUGAUUUAAUAAUUUAUAUUGAUGUAAAAAAAUGUUAUAGUAAACUAAACAUAAAAGGAAGUGAAGAAUUUUAGCCACAUCUUUUAAAUAUGUAAUAAUAAUAUAUAUGAAGUCAUUAGCAAAUAUAGUAAGUUGGUACCCUGUUUACUUCCAUGUAGCCAUAUAUCUGACAACCUUCUUUUAGGGCUAAAUUGGUUCUUUCUAUUGAUUCGUCACCUUUACACUGCUCGAUUGUUGACAGGUUUGGUAAAGCCCACCUGCGCAGCCUAUAAGCUUCCUUAACAUCUUCACAAGUAUUGCAA